AGUAUCUUAAUAAAUAUAUAGAUCAGUUUGUGUUAAAAAAAGAAGAUCUGAUUCAGGAUAUGUAAUGGAUUUGGAUCCACCCACGAUUCCUUGUCAGCGGAGCGGAUUGCCCUGUUUAUCAUCAUGGUGAUGAGAGAUGUGGGUAAAGAGUUCCCAACUCAAAAGUCCUGCACCUGAUGUCACUGUUAGCGCCAUGCAAAUGGACAAACUAUGCAUACCCAAUUCUGCAACUUGACAUUAAUAUCCUCUGCAAUCAUCCUUUUAGAUUCCAAAUCAAUAGACUUUCCAGGGAUUAUAAUGUCCUUUUACUCCCCCGCCAUUCCUGCGCAGUCUCUGGAGAAUGCCAUUGCGGAAAACUAGAUAAACCGCCCGCCAUCUCUCAUCUCUCUCUCUCUCUCUCUCUCAACUGGCGUGUGGGUAAAACAAGUAUUAUUCUUUUGGAGAGUGUUUGUUUCAAGACAAGUUGACGUUUUGGGGUUCCUUUAUUGCCUUUCUUUUAUGGGUAUUCGCCAUAGCUUUCGUUGACAAAUGGGAGGCUCUUGCUCUCACUAAUAGAGAAGACAGGGGAGAAAAGGCUACUUAUCAGUAAAGUUCUUCCUAACAUCAUUAAGCAGAUUUCACUGAUAAGGAACCUUAAUUCUCGGUCAUUGACUGAUAUUUGACUUCAUUGACUGCAAUGGUUGGUAUUGAAGAUUCAUACACUCAGCCCCUUGGAAGAUGGCCUGUUUUUUACUACGGUGUGGGGCACAUGUUAAAUGACAUUACCGCUUCUUGUUGGUUUACAUAUCUCUUAUUGUUCUUGACAGACAUUGGACUCUCACCAAGGGAUGCUGCCAUUGUCAUGCUGUCAGGUCAGGUAGCUGAUGGAUUUGCCACUAUCUUUGCUGGCGAACUGAUUGACAGGUUUGGGCAUUUCAAAAUAUGGCACGCAGCAGGAUCCUUGUUGGUUGCUGUUUCAUUUUCUUCAGUCUUUGGUGGUUGCAUUCCCUGUACAAUCCUCAACACCCAAUCAUCAAAAAUAGAAACAAUUUCAUAUAGUGUAUUUGCUGCAAUCUUUAACAUUGGCUGGGCUGCUACUCAAGUUUCACAUAUGUCUAUGGUGAACUGCAUCUCCCUGAACUCAACAAGCAGGGUAGUGCUGGCAAGCUGUCGGAAUGCUUUUACUAUGGUCGCCAACCUCAGCCUGUAUGCAAUUGCUUUAGUAGUGUUUGGCGUCAGUAAAGCAAGAACACAUGAUGAUGUUGAAAAUCAGUAUCGCUGGAUUGCAUAUUCAUCAAUUAUUAUUGGAUGUUGCUUUGUGGGCAUAUUUCAACUUGGUAGCAAGGAACCUGGAUUAAAGAUAGGUGUACGAGGAAAUAGUCAUGCUAGAAUAUCAUGGGUUUACUGGUUCCAGAAAGUUCUAUACUACCAAGUUGCCGUUGUUUAUUUGCUUACCAGAUUAGUACUCAAUGUUUCACAGGCAUAUCUUGCAUUCUACGUUAUUGAUGAUUUGCGAAUGGCCCAAUCAGCUAAAGCUUUGGUGCCUGCCAUAAUCUACAUUUGCAGCUUCAUCGUGUCUGUCCUUCUUCAGGAGAUUGCAUGGAAUGCAAGACGUUUGAAGGCCUAUUAUUUUGCUGGGGGCAUUCUUUGGAUGUUUUGUGGUGCUGCAAUCCUUCUUUUACCUAGAGGGAUGAGUGUUUUGAUGUAUGCAAUAUCAAUAUUUAUUGGCAUUGCAAAUGCACUAAUGACGGUAACUGCAGUAAGCAUGCAGAGCGUGUUGAUUGGAGAAGACCUUAACGGAUGUGCAUUUGUUUGUGGAUCAUUGAGCUUCUUGGACAAAAUGUCAUGUGGGCUUGCGCUCUAUGUUCUUCAGUCAUAUCAAAGUAAGUCGUUCCCCUCUUUCAGUCUUUUCAGUUCCCCUUUCAUGCAGUCCAUGAACCAAAAAGAAAAAAAAAAAAAAAACAGAUGGUGGAGGAGAGCGAGAGAGAAAAAUAAAAAUUUAGAAAUGGAGAAUUUCUUUGUUUCUUUUACUGAAUGAUAGCUUGGAACUCUUGCUCUUAUUGUUAUUUGCAGUUAGGAUGUUUCUCUUUAUAUCCCCUCAUAUUUAUCCGUGUUAUUUAGAGAUUUCAAAUCUUUACCCUGUAGCUACCUCAGUUGCAUUUUGUAGCUGGUACGGAGAGUUGGACUGUAAUGAAACUAUGACUAUAAUGCACUUCAAAUUAUGCCACUAACAUUGU